GUUCACAUACUGCUAUCAUUUCGAAUUUCAAGUUUGUUUGGUUGGAAGUUCAUCUAUUGAAGAGGCAAAAAUUAAUCUUAUCAGCCAGUAACAGAACUGAAAUUCUAAAUCAUUUGCUCGUGUGUUUGUCUGCUUCUCUUAAAAUAUAUUUGCAGUUUUUAACAUUCUUUGAUAUAAUUCAUCUUAAAAAAUGGACUUAUCUAACGAGACACAGUUCCAAUACCAGUUAAUCGCACUCAAGAAUCAAGAAAUGCUUGUUGAACCUGUCAUUCUUUUAAUGGAGUAUCUGAAUUUAUCGUACACAGUGGAAUUCUGUACUGAAACAGAAUGGAACACGAAACACAAAGCAGUAACCCCUUUCGGAAUGAGCCCUGUGCUGGUGGAGCAGGACGGCAAGAAAAUUGUACGAAUCAAGAACAUCUGCCGUUACCUUGCUUGUGUGUGGGGCGCUGAUGAACUCUGGGGCAAGAACAGUCAUGAGAAUCUUCAGAUAGACAUCAUUGUUGAUACAAUUGAGGACAUGAGACAAGAUCUGGCAAUGUAUUAUUAUGAACCACUUCCUGGCGUAAAAGAAGGGCUGAGAGAUUUUGUCUACAAGAACUUUUACUACUACAUCAAUAAGCUAAGUGACAUGGCAGGAGCCAAAAGUUUCUUGAUUGAUAAGCUGUCUUGGGCUGACAUAUUCUUCUAUGGGCUCUACCCCCUCCUGAAUGAGAUGUUGGGAAAGGACAUUGUCCAUUCCCAGUGGAAUCAACCAUUUACAACCAUAUUUAAAAAUGUACACAAUCUUCCUUCCAUCAAAGAGUACUUUAUUAAGAAUCAUCAUCGUCACAGUGCCCUAACGUCUGCUGCAAUAUAUUAAAAUGUUUUCUGCUAUUUCAAUUUAGAAUGUUUGAGAACCACACAUUUUAAGUAUUAAACUUUUAAAAUUGUAUGGUUUUGAAAAACAACUUUUAAAAUAAGUUUACGUAAUUUUAGUAUUUGGGGUGAUAAUAGAGAUAACUUUGACAUUUCAAAUAAAACUAUACUUGUAAAUGUUAUACCGUAAGAUUUAAAAUGUUUAUAUUGUAUUAGUUUUUAAUAGUUUUGACUGUUUUAAUCAUAAAUAUAUUAAUUUAUAUCAUCAGUUAUGUGUGUAGUUAUAUUUUUAUAUUCUUAUAUUAUAGUAAAGUGUAAUAUUGUUAGAACAAUGUCAGAAAAUGAUGUUUUGUAUGUCAUGAAUUGCAGACCAAUUGCUUUUUUUAAUGCUGUAGUAUAAAAUAUAACUUUUUUCAUACAUUGUUUUGAAUUUUGUUUUAGGUUUAUUAUAUGUACAUGUAAAGAAAAUAUUGUUAUGGCUAAAAUAUGAAAUUUAGGUUUUAAGUGGGAAUGUCAGUUCAGAGAUUCUCUAAGCCAAUGUGAACAGACUGAAUUUGAGCACGGAUUCUUAAAUAACUUAAAUCAUUUUCCAUAGUGUAAAAAUGUUAUAGUACCUACAAAAUAAUAUGUACUUCAUGUCUGUAAAAUGUUUUUGCUAAAUUUAUGACAUUGAAUUUAUUGAUUUUUUAUUGAAACAUGAUGCAAUCCAGCAGUUUGUAUUUGAAUUAUCUGAUUUUAAUGAAAUUGUGUUUGUAAAUCUCAUUGUGAAUAACUAAAUCAUUUCAUGUAAUAA